AGUCGAGGAAGCUGCUAAGUUAGCAUGGCGGGCGCGGGCUUUUAUCACGCAACCUUUCGUGAUGGAGCCAGUGGUUGUAUUCAUAUUGGUUUGGGUUCAGAUAGAAGAGCUCCAUGCUUACAAACUUUUGGGAUAACCGAGUUUAUCAAUGCCAAAGUCCUGCAGGAGCGCGGCGCUUUGCUGACCAAGAAGAUUGAGAGGGGGCGCCAAUUGCUAGAGAGCGAGAAGGCCCGAACUGCUGCGUUGGAGGCCUCAGUAUCCGAUUGCAUCUAUGAGUACCUACCUUCUGCUUACUGGCAUUUAAUUGGUGUAGACUUGUUUUUUGCUGAUAUAGCUUGUUAUUGCUGUGAUGAAGCAGCCGAGGAGCAAUAUUGCGAGAUUCGUUGUUGUCUUAGCUUGGUUUGGAAGGAGGCCAGCAAUUAA